ACGUACCUACAUAAAAUCAUUUUGUGGAAAAUUUGAAGUUUGUUGUUAUUGGUGACAAACCAUUCAUAUUAUUUAUGAAAGCUUCGUGCUAAUUACCAUUCCAGGCGCGAGGCUGUGAUCAUCUGGUGGUGGUCAGCCUGGAUGCGUUCAGUCACUAUUGUUGUACAGUUCGAGCGGUGUACGGUAGCCAUCUUGGAAUCGAACAAAGCUUCAGAUGUGUAGUUUGUCUGUUUAUCAAUAAUUUUUGUGCAUUUUGUUGUAAAUAGUUUGUAUGUUUAGGAUAUGUACGAAACGUUCGUCCACAUGUGUAAAUAGCUAUGGCUGCGACAAGAAAAUUACAAGGUGAAAUAGACAGGUGUUUAAAAAAGGUAACGGAAGGGGUGGAGACGUUUGAGGACAUUUGGCAGAAGGUUCACAAUGCCACUAACAGUAACCAGAAGGAGAAGUAUGAGGCAGAUCUCAAGAAGGAAAUUAAGAAACUCCAGAGGUUACGAGAUCAAAUCAAGUCUUGGAUCGCCUCCGGAGAGAUUAAGGAUAAGAGUACACUUUUAGAAUAUAGGAAACUAAUAGAAACGCAAAUGGAAAGGUUCAAAGUAGUGGAACGGGAGACAAAGACGAAGGCGUACUCGAAGGAGGGCCUCGGCGCCGCGCAGAAGCUAGACCCCGCGCAGAAGGAACGCGACGAGAUGUCUGCGUGGCUCGUCCAGUCCAUCGACGCGCUCAACUUACAGGUAGAUCAGUUCGAGUCAGAGAUCGAGUCGCUGCUGGUCGGCAAAAAGAAGCGGCUGGACAAAGAAAAGCAGGACCGCAUGGAGGAGCUCAAACAGAAGCUAGAGAAGCACCGCUUCCACAUCAAGAAGCUUGAAACCUUGCUGCGCAUGCUAGACAACAUGUCCGUUGAAGUAGAACAGAUAAAAAGGAUCAAAGACGACGUAGAAUACUACAUAGACUCAUACUUAGAACCCGGCUUCGAAGAAAACGAGUACAUAUACGACGACAUCAACGGUUUGGACGAAAUAGAACUCAGCGGCGUCGGGUUACCAUCCUCCGCCACCACGGAUUCAAAUAGUAACGAGUCAAACGGCUCGCCCACUAGCAUUAUAUCAGGAACAAGUCCCAUUCCGUCUCCCACGUUAGAAGUCCACAACCACUCCACAGAUUCCAUAGACAUUGAGAAGAAAAAGAAAGAAGAGGUCAUAGCGAAACCGGUAAAGCCCCUGCCGCUGCGGGCGGCGAGCAGCGUGGUCAAUAAUAGCACGUCACUCGUUAGUUCCUUGCUCAAUAACUCCGCCGCCUCCACCAAUAGCAUAAACAACACGGGCGUGUCGGGCGCCUCCACGCCCAGCAAGCCGCCGCCCAGCCCGCCGCACCCGCCCCACCCGCACCCGCACCCCGCGCUGCACCGCCCGCCUAACAACACUGAAAUAGUGGAGAACGGCCCCGUCCCCGCCGCGCCGCACCCCGCGCUGCCCGCGCCCGCGCCGCCGCCGCCGACGUCAAAGAGUUCCAUCGCGCCAGCGCCCAGCGUUCCCACGGAGCCCGCCGUGUCGCCGCUCACCGUCAACGGCCCGCUGCACCACCACCCACACACGCCGCAGCACACAGUCAAUAAUGGGCGAGGCUCGGCGACGACGCCGCUGCUGGCGGGCGCGGGCGGCACGGCGUCGCUCAAGAGCAUGGCGCAGGAGGCCGUGCAGCGCGCCGGGCUCGCCACGCAAGGACAGCAGAACGUGCGGCGAGGCGCGGCGCUGGCGCAGGCGCACAUCCCGCCGCUACUCGGCGUGGCGCCGCUCGGCCCGCUGCCUCUCAACUCGGAGCACCAGCUACAGUUCCAGAUGAUGGAGGCGUCGUUCUACCACAUGCCGCACCCCAGCGACUCGGAGAGAGCGCGCCACUACCUGCCCCGCAACAUUUGCCAGACUCCACAGUACUACAACCAGGUGGUAGUCCCACACUCAGACAGCGUGGAGUUCUUCCAGCGACUAUCGACAGAGACUUUAUUCUUCGUGUUCUACUACAUGGAGGGCAGCAAGGCGCAGUACCUGGCCGCCAAGGCGCUCAAGAAGCAGAGCUGGCGCUUCCACACCAAGUACAUGAUGUGGUUCCAGCGGCACGAGGAGCCCAAGCUCAUCAACGAGGAGUACGAGCAGGGCACGUACAUCUACUUCGACUACGAGAAGUGGGGCCAGCGCAAGAAGGAGGGCUUCACGUUCGAAUACAAGUACUUAGAGGACCGAGACCUGAACUGAGCCCUCGGUGUGCGACAGAGACAGUAGCGCAACAACCCGUGUGUAGUGCAAUGGUGCCGGAGUCUAACUCCACAGAACGGUCGGUUCGGUUCGUUCCUAGUUUCAAUUUGCAACUUUUUAUGGACACUAAAAAGUAUGAGUAACAUUUGAAAUAGUCACAAUCACUGAUGAUGCUAGCGUCGCCGUGUCGCGGAUUCCGUUGCGUCAGUAUUUUUUAUAUUUCUCAGUAGAGUAAGUUAAGUAUUUCUGUGAUGAAUUUUCCAAUAAUGAAAAAAAAUGGUAAUGUCUGAUUUUUUUAAUUAAGUAAACGUUGAAUCGAUCUGUUGUAAAAUAACUUUGCACGCUGGCAGUUUGUAUUAUUGUUGUACACGGUUUUUGUAUCGAAUUUGCAUGUGAACGAAGUAAGCGAAAGAUAUCAUGUGAUGCAACUAGCUUCCGCCGUUGGUCGGUUAUUAUAGAAAACAAUGUGAUAUUGAUAUAGGGACCCCGGGCCUAGCGCUGCGUCUGCGACGUGGCUCCUCCGCUAGUUGCGACUAAACUUGUCAUUGUAGUCUUCAGUUCCGAGCCGAGGCCUAGCCGUGGCGAACCAAAUGACGUAUUCGGUUUUCACAGCUAUAAAAAAGGUUAUAAAAGUGAAUUAAAUACCUUUAUAGCCUUUUUGGCAAGGCUCAAACAUUUAGACAUCACAAUUAGAAAAACGCUAGGUGAAUUAUGUUGUCUAGGCUACCUUUAGAUUUAGUACCUAACGCGACCCGCUCAGUGGGACCUGUAUGUAUAGCUAUAGAACAUCCGUAGUAUGUAAAGGCCCACGUCGCACCCGCAGCGCGGCGGCAUCUCCGAGCAACUAUAAUAUGCUAGUCGUAGUAUUCAACAACAGUGUGCCUACCUAGGUAAGUCAGUUAUAGUGCCGCAGAGCCCGGGGUGUUUGUUUUAUUAACUUGUGUAUAGUCGCCUAGGGGGAGUGGAGGCUCGACCGCGUGUCGGCCUCGCACGCUCGGGCGGUAAGCUAGCGUCGCGACCGCGCGGCGUCUCCGCCCUACUGUCAGGCGGUGCCAUCCACUGACGAUAUCGUGUAUUGGUUCUUUUACAUUUCGAAAUUUUAUACUAUCGGCGAAAAGACGUAUGAAAUUUAACAUUCCAACGAUUAUGUAAAAGCACCCAGUCAACUGGUGCGUUCAGAAACGAAUUUACUUUUCACCUUGAGUACGUUUUUUGUACUGCUCGGGAAAAGUUUCUGAACGUUCCCUGCGUGAUGUUACGCGAAGUCAUGUGUGGAUGGCGCAGCGCUGACGGCCGACACAUAGCAAUAAAGGCCGCGCGGCGCCUAGCUGUAAGACAUCCAGUGUGAUUCAUUACAUACUAAUAAUACACUUUUUCACCGCCCAUUGUUAAAUUUGAAAAAAAAAACCUAUGUGAUUUGUACAUUUAAUUUUAAUUAGUGCAUUUAAAUUGAACAAAAGUAUAUAAAUUGUGUAAGAGCAUUGUAUGUAAAUCACUGCCACGAUUGUAUUAUAUUCGGAUAAUUAGAAUUAUCGUCGGUUUAAUUUGUACUUAUUUAUUUGUGAUAAAUUAUUUGUAUGCGUCAGAUACUCGGGGGGAGGGGGGUGAGACAGUGUAUUAUUGUCGACUGCCGGCCGCAAGCCUUGCCGUCGACCGUACACCUGGCCGCUGUACGGGGUCUCCCAGAAUUGUUGCACAUGCCUUGCGCGAACAUGAAGCCUUCCGUCUCGUUCCGUGUGAGUUGUGUGAGGGUGGUUGUUGCGCGGAGCCGCGCCGGCCCGGCCCGGACCGGACCCGGUCCCGGACGGACGGACCCGGCCGGACCGGACCGGACCGGACGGCGGCGAGCGGACGCAGCGCGCGAUCUCGUUUAUUCCGUGCGUGAUGUUGAUAGUUUUCACUUUUGUAAAAAGUCUAUCGUGAGAGCAGUUGAAAAUGUGGUAAAUAAUAAUUUAAAAAAUUAUCUGUACAGUUCUAUUUGUAUAGAAAUAAUAAAUAAUGAUUAAAAAAAUUUAAAACAAUGUUGUGAUUUCUUCUUAACGGUUAAGUUAAGUGCGCGGGCGUCGUUUACAGGCGCGGUGCUUUUUUGGCAUUUCUUUUCUUAUUUAUUUUUUUAUUGAAAGAGAUGACUGUUUAUUUUGUAGAAUAAACUGUAAGAAACCAUUUUAA